CUGGGAGUGGUGGCGGUUGUUUCAAUAUGGCGGCGGCUGCAAAGAGAAGUGGAAACUCGGGGAUAUUUUGGAAGAAUUUCGGAGUUGAUGGAGGACUGAAAAAUCAGACACCUGCAGGUCUGGGCCCAGAUAGAAUCUAUUCGUCCAGAAAAAAAGACACCAAGAUCCGAGUGAAGCAUGCUCCUACUGGCAAAAGUCAAGCUUCACUUAAGGCGACAGGGAGAAAACAAAGCCACUAUCAAAGUGAUUACUCUGAGAGUUAUACUACAGAGGAAACAUCAGGGGAUCAAAGGGAUUCUAUGCCAACUAUGCACACCCUCUCUCAGCCCAAUGGUACUCAUCUUCAUUUGGCACAGGAGAGCAGCAGAGCAAAGGGCGACAUCUCUUUGAAGGACCUGUGUUUUGAAGAUAAACGGAGAAUUGCAAACCUCAUUGAAGAGCUGGCCAGAGUAAGUGAGGAGAAAGAGGAGUCUGUGCAGCGUCUGAAAAAUGAACAAGGAAACUUUGAACGCAAGAUCCAGGAUCUGGAGCACCAGAACCUGAUGAUAGCAAAGGAGAGAGAGAGUUUACAGUUACAAUACAAAGAGUGCCAGGAGCUGCUUGGCCUCUACCAGCAGUACCUUUCUGAGCAGCAGGCCAAACUGAACCAGUCCAUUGCUCACCUCACUCACCCAGCAACUCUCAAUAAGGUGCUCGGUGCUGAGGAAACCCCCAGCAGGCCCUCUACAAGCAGAGCUAAUGGCUCAUUCUCUGACGGCUCGUACGUCGGCCUUGCUGCUGCCGAAGAGCAGCAGGCUUCGCUUUAUAGGAGCCAUAAUGUAAGAAGAGGUGCUGCAGAAAUGCUUAGGGACCCUGCCUCUCUUUCCUGUGACAGAGAGUUCAGUCCAAACGACGGGGCAACCAAACGACACACGAGUCAAAAAAGAGACUGCAGGCAGCCACGAAUAUGCUACACAUGUGAGCGCUGCCAAGGCAGUUGUCAUGACACUGGCUGUGGCACACGGCACAGGAGAAGUGAAAGCAGCUGCUGUCUAGGGAACUGUCAUCAUGACUCCUUUACUGCGAGGGAGCAUCAAAGGCUGCCAAGUAGGAAUAUAAUUACUGCAGAAGCAAAGGAAGCCCUGACCAGGCCCCUGCUGGGUCACGAGGACUGGGAGGAGAAGCGGCACCAGCUGCUGCUGCAAAAGAUGCAGUUGGAGUUGGAGAGGGAGAAGCUGCAGGCACGGCUGGCUGAGCAGGAGGAGCGACUCAGCAGACAGACAGAGCAGCUUCGACAGUCACGACUUCUGCACAGCAGUCCAGCUCAGUUCAGCAGCUCAAAGAAUGCCGGGUCAGAGUCAGAGGUUCCUUCCCACCGAGAUUUUCCCUCCAGGUCGUCUGGGAAUGUGGAAACUCAUUCUGCAGAACAGAAUUUGCACGAAAAGACCUCCCAGGUUGUUCCUGCUCCUCCUGCCAGUGGAAAGGAAAAUCCUUUACAACGGUCUCGAAGGGACGUGGCCACAUCUCCAGCAAAAAGCCCUUUAACUCAAAGUUUCCCUCCCUCAGUUUCUGUAAUCCAAACCAUCCCUGAAAACAGGUUGGACCAUUCCUUGAGUGAGAUUUUGCACGUCUUCAGUCCCGUCUCUGCCCCGCAGCAGUACAAGCCUGCUGCUCAAAGACCCAAGACGGCACAGCGCAGUUCAGCCCUCGCCGGCCCCAAGCCUGGAGGAAGGAGCCUGAUGACUCCAGGUGGGAACUUCUCACACGGCGUUCAGCAGGACCUCGAAGAGAGCCAGAUACUGGAAGAUAUCUUUUUCAUCUGCUAACAAAAUGUUGAAGCGAGCCGCUUGAUGUUCGAUGACUCCUUUUUAUUGUCUUCAAUUCUUUCGGAAAUUAGGAUGAAUUUGAUUUCUGUCGAUCGUGUUCUUAUUGGCUACUGUGCUUUUGUUUUGUUGUUUUUUUUUUUUUCCCCCCGCCCCCUUUUAUAUGCAAAUAAAUGUAUAUUUAUUCUGAAUUUCCUCUGUUUGUGAGGCGAAUUAUGUUUUUCCCCAGGAAAUUUUUUAACACUGAGCUGCAUUUAUUGCUUCUGAAGACCUUGGCAAUGUAAAUGCAAACUGAAUCUCAUGACUCACAAUUGUCCAUUCUGAAUCUGACUCAAUGUAUUAUGCAUAAAUCUGCAGCCUCAGUAAAUCCCUGGAAAUAUAAGCCAGUUGCUCCUAUUUGCAACCAACACCAAUCCUUCUGUUUCAUUACCGAGGAGCUCUCUCUCUGUGUGUGUGUGUGUGUAUGUGUGUGUGUGUGUGUGUGUAGAUUUGAAGUCAUUACCUUUAAAAUAAAGGCUUUCAGUUCAAAUAAAGCAAUCUCACAGUCUUUACACAUGAAAAGUACACAAAUAAUACAAACUGUCUUUAUUUCAGAAAAACAUGGACCGCUCCUAAAAAUAUAGACCAGAUAUCGGCUGUAUUUGAACGGCUUAUUGUGCUGGACGCAACAAGCUGAUUAUAGAUGGUUAAUGAAGCUUAUCUGCUUGGUUCGCUGGCAUGGAGUCAGCUGCUGAACAGACAUGCCACUCAAAGCUUGUUAACUGUAGCCUUAAAACAGAGCUACCUUUAAUUAGAUUGAAUUGUCACGUCACAUUAUUUUCCGACCAUGUUUUUAAUUACGCACAAAUAUAUUCAAACGGCUACAUUUUAUUUAUUUAUUUAUUUUUUUCCAACAUUAUGCUUCCAGUGCUGAGCCAGGACUGUGUUUGAAAUGAGAUUUACUAAGAAAUAUAAUAUUUGAGUGAUGAAAUGACCCGAUUGGACCCACCCGCCCCUUUUGUUUCUGGUCAUAAGUUUGCUUUUCAGCCAGCUGACUGGCAGUAUGCAGAAACAGCUGGAGAGAACCAGAGUAACUCAGGCCUUUUACUCAAAAUCAUGGAAAAAUGAUGGCAGAAAAUAUUCUUGCUUCAGAAGCGAGAACCUUUUGAAAACCUUGUAAUACCUUGAAAGUAGCGAGACGCCCAGCAAACGACAAAUCUGGAUGCGACGGCAAUUAUGACACGACACAGAUUACGAUAUUCUAGACUGUGCUUUAUUAUUGGGCUAAGCUGAGACGCAUCAUUCAUUUAAAAUUACAAAAAGAGGAGUCCAGGGGACCGGAGAAUGGUGCAGUCUGGAGAGACAAGGGUUUGGGGGGAAAG